AUGACCUCUUCCAAGCUCAUUACUGUCUUUGGAGCAACUGGCUCUCAAGGUGGGAGUGUCGUACAAUCGCUCCUCCAGAACAAGUCCCAGUCCUUCAAGAUCCGCGGAAUCACUCGUAACCCUGAGUCUGAAAAGGCCAAGGCUUUAGCUAGUCAGGGCGUUGAAGUUGUCAAGGCCGACGGUCUUGUCAAAGAUGAGCUGGUCAAGGCAUUCAAGGACAGCUGGGGCGUCUUUGUCAACACGAACUCAGAUGAUCCUUCUAUGAACCAGCUGGACGGACCUACUGAGCUUGACGUGGGCAAGCAUCUUUUAGAUGCUGCUGCUGAAGCCGGAGUCACUCACUUUGUGUACAGUGGCAUGGCUUCUGCUUCUGAGAUCACCGGAGGGGCUAUCCCAGCUCGCGCUUUUGACAUGAAGAAUGCUAUCGGCGAGUAUGCCAAAGAGAAAGGCGUCUUUGAAACUGUUAACAUCGUCAGUCCCGGUUGGUAUCUUGAAAAUCAUCUGGUGGAGGAAUUCGCGCCUGCACUAGGCGGAUUCCCUUUCACCCCUGACGACGAAGGAUACAUGACCUUGCACAUCCCUCAUUGGGGUGGCAGUGGUGAAAUUCCCUUCAUUUCCAUGGGUGAUGACUAUGGUGACCUCGUUCAUGGUAUCUUCCUUGAUCCUAAGAAGUACAACGGGCGUCUAGUCCAAGGCAUCAGCGCCAGUGAGACCUCUGAGAAGCUUGUGUCUGAAUUUGAAAAAGUGACUAGAAAGAAAGCGCGCUUCGUGCCUAUGGAAGACUGGAAGUCGAUGGAGACGUAUGGCGAUUCAGGUUUUGAAACUGUCAAGCUCAUGUUUGGUUUUUGUCAGUAUUCUGGCGGCUUGUAUUACGGGGUUCCGAAUGAUCUUGUUCCUGCUAGUGAUCUGAAGGCGAGAGCGGUCGAGGCUAAAGGGGCUGUUGGUGAUGGGAAACUGAUGACUCUUGAGCGCUUCUGGCAAAAGUACUUUGCUUCCUGA